AUUUCAAGUUCAAUGGGCUUUUCUGUCAUGAAAAGCAUGAAUUUACAUUGCCAAAGCACGCAAAGUAAAGUAGUAUAUAAAAAAAGAAGACGUAUAUUAAAUUACAAAAUGUCUCUCUCUCUCUGUCUGUCCCGGUAUCUCCCUACCUCCUGUCUCAGAUGGACCCGGUGCAGAAGGCUGUGUUGCAUCAUACCCUGGGGGUGGUGCCCACGGUCAAGAGGAAGCAUGUGUCUUGCAGUGUGUGCCAGCUGAGGUUCAACUCCCAGAGCCAGGCCUUGGCCCAUUACAAGGGUACCAAACAUGCCAAGAAGCUAAAAGCCCACGGCACUCCAAAGACCAGGCUAAAAGGCUCAGCGGUCGCCAAGGAAACCGCAAAGCAAGAAAACGCCAAGGGCAUCAACACGUCGCAAAGCCCCAAUGACGCCGAACGGAAAGAGGGCGUCGCCCCCACAGCUCCUCUGCCGCUCUCGCCCGUCCUGAGACUGGCCCCGCCCCUCGCCAUGCUCACCGCCACGCCCACGCCGACCUUCACCCUGGCGAUGCACGCCCUCGACGCCCCUCCCCCCAUGGCGCCGGACCCCGAGAGCGACUCAGUGGAAGGAGAUGGAGGAGGAGAAGGAGGUGGUGAGGAGGAGGAAGGUGCGUCGAAGCCUGGCUCGCCGGCGACCACGGAGACGGACACUCCGGUCCUGCCCGAGGAUGGAGGCGGAGGAGGCGGCGGCGGCGGCGGCGGCGGAGAGGCUGAGGGGGAAGUGGGCGGGGAGACGGAGGAGGAGAAGGCCAAGCGUCUCCUCUACUGCUCCCUCUGCAAGGUCGCCGUCAACUCCUCGUCCCAGCUGGAUGCCCACAACAUGGGUACGAAACACAAGACCAUGGUGGAGGCGCGGACGGGGGGAGGGUCCAUUAAGUCCUACCCCCGGACCGGGGUCAAGGGCAAGCUGGCCGCCGCUGCCCCGCCCACCAAGUCGGCCACGGGCCUUCAGAACAAGACGUUUCACUGUGAAACAUGCGACGUGCACGUCAACUCGGAGACGCAACUCAAGCAGCACAUCAGCAGCCGCCGCCACAAAGACCGGGCCGCGGGGAAACCGGCCAAGCCCAAAUACAGCCCCUACAGCAAGCCCGCCAAGGGCCUCGCCAAGCCCCCAGUGAUGCUGUCGGUGGGGAAGGACCUCGGCCCGCCCCUUCCCGCCCAGAUCAUGCCCGCCCACCUGGCCGCCGUCGCCGCCGCUGCCGCCGCCGCCAUGGGCAACCCCUUCUCCCUGCGCCACGUCCACCCCACCAGCCACGUCCACCACCACCUCCCCACGGGCCACGCCCACACCCACCUCACCACAGGCCACGCCCACCACCUCCCCUCCAGACCCGCCCUCUUCCAGACCCAGAGUCUCCCAGCCGCUCUGCUACGCCCCGCCCCCGGCCCAGUCAGGACAUCCCACCCGCAGAUGCUGUUUGCCCCUUACUGACCCCCCACCCUCUGCCCCCCCCUACUGGGCCCAGACUUCUUCUUCUAUGCAUCGCCUCUGACCGCCAACCAACACAGAGGCUAGGCGAGUGGUGGGGCCGUAGUAGGAAACUGACAGUCCUCACUACAGUACCGCCCACAUAUGGAGUAUGGUCAUGCAUUUCAACUGAGGGGGGGGGGGGAGACCUGGAGACCCCUACCCAACUUCUUCAGGCCAUUGAUGUUGAACUUGAACCCCCCCCACCCCCACACCCAAGACAGGACCUCCGUUCUGCAAUAAUGUCAAAUACUAAACUAUGUGUGAACUAUGCAGUGUCGUCGAUUUGCACCGCAGAGGAGCAGUUUAAGCUAUAAUUGUAUGUGUGUGUGUGUGUGUGUGUGUGUGUGUGUGUGUGUGUGUGUGUGUGUGUGUGUGUGUGUGUGUGUGUGUGUGUGUGUGUGUGUGUGUGUGUGUGUGUGUGUGUGUGUGUGUGGGUGUGUGUGUGGGUGUGUGUGUGUGUGUGUGUGUGGGAGAUCGGCUACAGUAGGUUUAAUUUGUUAAUACAUGCAGGUGCAGCGCUAAGAUGAGUAACUUAGGGUUAUCAGAGGAAGCCGCCGCGCGUUUGUUCACGGUCACAACGCGUGAGCAAGGACCCUGCUUCUAGUGAUUUGCACUUUAAGCCCCGCCUCCAUGGUUUUCUAGAUGGCUAGCCUUUGUCUUGUGGUUAGAGUAGCUACUGUUAUCUCUCUUACAUAAUGUGCCAUUUGGUGUGUGUGUUUGUGUUCCCAUCACUGCUUAAAAGUGUGCGUUGAUGUGUGUGUGUGUGUGUGUAUGUAAAUGUGUGGCCGUGUGCAAGGUACUCUGUGUGUGUGUGUACACGCCAGUAUUUACUUGUUUUUGGGUCCAUGCGGUUGAGUGUAUAUGCACUUGCCUGAGUGCGAGUGUAAGUGUGUGUGUGUGUGUCUGUUAAUGUGUAUGUGUCGGUGUGUGUGAAUAAGAGUUAAAAUGUCUCUGUAUGUGUGUGUGUCUUUACGUGUGCACAUACCCAGUCCCUGUGCGCCUUAAGUGAACCUGCCGUUCAUCCCAGCUGACAGAGCGAGCGUUCGCUGAUGACUCCGGACCCCCGGGACCACAAGGUGUGUGUAUAUUCAUGUCGAUGUGUUAAAAAGGUGAACAAUUUCAAAUAAAAAUCCUACUUCA